AUCGUCAGUAGAAUCGGUGCUGCUGCCCGACUACGUGGGUUGUAUUUCUAGUUUGUCCUCUCGAACAUUUUAUUUGUGGCCAAGGUGAAACAGGACCACCGAAUUCCUAACUGAAGCUUGUUCCCAGUGGCCUGGCAACACGACCAAUCCUCUGCGUUGGAGGACACCGUGCACUGCCGCUGUGUGCGCUGCGGGGACGGCAGCCCUGGCUUUGAGGCGCAUUUCUGGAGGUCUUUAGGUGUUGGUAACGCUGGUCUAGCCCGAUAUCAGUAAGGGACUGUGUAUUCACCUCAAGAACGCUGUCUGCAUCCUCCCUUUGGACUGUUCGCUGGUCUAGCACUGAAGAAGACGAUGUCAGACGAAAAUGUUCAGCAUCUUCCGGAGGAACAGCAACAGGAGCUCAAGUCAAAAUUUUUAGGUUUACGCCAAGGACUGGUAGCAGUGGGUACCUGCCGUCAUCUCCUCCCUCCUCACUGCGUGGCGCUCACCAAGAAAUACCGUGAAUUCAGGUUUUGUGAGAGUGACGUGGUCAUCGCAACCUUUCCCAGAAGCGGCACGACGUGGACACAAGAGAUUGUGUGGACGAUGAAAAAUGGCCUGGAUUUCGAGACGGCAUCCAAGGUUUCUCUCAACAUCAGGUCGCCCUUCUUAGAGUUUGAUUCAUUACAUCCACUGCAUAUUGAUUUGCGGGAAGACCUCGUCACCUCCUUUCUGUCUCGCCAUCCAAAUGAAGAUCCCAGAUUUGGGGGCGUUUGCUUACAACUGGCUGAGUUGGCACCCACCCCUAGGACCAUCAAAACUCACCUGCCUUUCUCUUUGUUGCCUGCAGACCUUCUGGAAACAUGUAAAGUGGUGUAUGUAGCCAGAAAUCCCCGGGACGUGUGUGUCUCUCUAUAUCAUCACAUGUCUACCUUAGCCAUUGCGGAAUUCAUCGGCGACUUUCCGGACUUUGUCAACUUCUGGUGCUGCGACCAAUACCUCAUGGGGCCUUUCUGGAAUCACCUGAAGGAGGCUUGGGAAAGGCGGCAGCACCGUAACUUCCUCAUUCUGUUCUACGAAGACAUGAAGGAAAACAUAACUAGGGAACUAAAGCGCCUCAAUGCCUUCCUCGAGACUGGCCUAUCGGAGGAUCAGCUGCGCCAGGUAGCCGAAUAUACCACAUUUUCCCAAAUGAAAAGCAGAAGUCGGACUGUCUCCCCAAUCAGCACUUACUCUGCUCGGGCAAUAAAGGAAAUGAGACGUGACCACGUUAGGAAAGGAACUACCGGGAACUGGGUCAACUACUUCACACCCGAGCUGGAGACCAAGUUCCAAUCAUGGAUGAAGAAAGGGGGAGAAGUGGUUAAGGAGAUUCCAUUUAAGGUGGUAAAGUUUGCCUGGGUUCUGUCCCUGACUUUCGACCAUUGCCGCACAGGUGGAACUUUACCCUUGCACUGGGAGAACCUGGAGGCAAGCGAGGGAGACACAACGAACAACGCAGAGCCCUGCGGUUUGGGUCAGUGUGCUUUGAAGACGAUGUCGAAGGAAAGCGUUACAUUCCUUACGGAGGAGGAGCAGCAGGACCUCAAGUCCAAGUUCUUGGGCUUCCGCCAAGGUCUGGUGGGAGUGGGUCCCAGCCGUCACCUCCUUCCCCCUCACUGCAUGGGGUUCACCAAGAAAUAUAAAGACUUUAAGUUUUGUGAGAGCGACGUGGUCAUCGCAACCUUUCCCAGAAGCGGCACGACGUGGACACAAGAGAUUGUGUGGACGAUGAGGAAUGGUCUGGAUUUCAACGAGGCAUCCAAGGUUUCCCUCAACGUCCGGUCGCCUUUCUUUGAGUUUGAUUCAAUACAUGCAGUGCACAGGGACAUCCUCCCAGACCUUGUCGCCAAGUUUGUGUCUCGCCACCCGGAUGUUGAUCCCAGAACCGGGGGUAUAUUCUUAGAACUGGCUGAGAUGGCCCCCGCACCCAGAACCAUAAAAACUCACCUACCUUUCUCUUUGUUACCUCCAGACAUUCUAGAAACAUGCAAGGUGGUGUAUGUGACCAGAAAUCCGCGGGACGUCUGCGUCUCUUAUUACCACCACCAGAGUUCCUUGGGCUCGGCGGAAUUCAUAGGAGACUUUUCAGACUUUGUGGACUUUUGGUGCCGUGACUUGUACCUUCAGGCGCCUUUCUGGGGACACCUGAAGGAGGCUUGGGCAAAGCGACAGCACCGCAACCUUCUUUUCCUCUUCUACGAGGAUAUGAAAGAAAAUCAUAUGAGGGAACUAAAGCGCCUCGAUGCCUUCCUUGGUACGGGACUGUCGGAGGAGCAGCUGCGGCAGGUGGCUGAACACACCAGUAUUUCGCAAAUGAAAAGCAGGUCGUCUGUCAAUCCCCCACCGUCUGUUUACACUGAAAGGGCGCGAAAGGAAGGAAGAAAAGAUUUUAUUAGAAAAGGAGCCAUUGGUGACAGGGUCAAUUACUUCACACCAGAGCUGGAGACAAAGUUCCAAGCAUGGCUGAAGACAGGUGAAGAAAUUGCCAAGGAAAUUCCUUUUAAGUAUAAGGCCGAGCUGGCGGACACCUCUGGGAAGUAGAAUCUCAAGUGGUCUAUGCCCACCAUCAUCCAAAGGAAAGGCAAACGGAAGAGAGCAGUUUCACGAGUGCACAGCUUAGCAAACCCUUAAGCAUUGUGAAAGUUGUGGAGAGAUUUAGUGAUUUUUUUUCGUGAAAUAUUGAGCUUUAGCCGGCGGCGAUUUUGUUAUGAGGUAUCCAAAUUUUAAAAUGGUUUAUAUAAUGAUGCCGCAGACUAUAGUACUGCAGUCAUUUAGUUGCACUGCAUAACAUAGGGUUCAGAAAUUAUCUAUAUUUAGACUACAGUAUACAAAAAAAGUCAGCUUUGUAUGCGGCCACUGCCUGUGAAGCAUGUUUGUGUGUGCAGACAUGUUCCCUACACAAUGGCCAGAGAUAAUAAGAAAAGAUGGGAAGAAAAAGGUACACUCAUCAAUAUAAUAAUCUUGACGUUCAUCUUGCUAUCAGUGUGAUAACCUACCCUGCCAACCCGCUCUCUCUCUCUCUCUCUCUCUCUCUCUCUCUCUCUCUCUCUCUCUCUCUCUCUCUCUCUCUCUCUCUCUCUCUCUCCCCAAAAUUUGAAUACUCUUAGGUUUUUGGUGUGUACUUAUGAUAUUUGUUGCAAUAGUCAAAAUAAUGGAAUACGCUGAGGUGACUUUCUGGAGGAACGUUUACAUGUAGCCUCACCGGAAUUUUUCGUUAUAUUGUAGAGCACCUUUAGAUAGUUUCGCCGACAGCUAAAGCUAAUAAGCCUUUGUGUAGUCUUAUGUAUUGGUUGCAUCUUGUCUUGUGAUGAUUUAUAGUUGGAAGGCUGUUCGUUAAUAGUUAAAAGACACCGUUCAUGUAACAAUGAAGGUAUCAACACUGAAUUAAGGCAUCUUCUAUAUUGGUUCUUAGUUUUGUGCACAUACAAUAUUACUUAUAAACAACAGUGCUAAAAAGUAAGGAGUCUUGAAGACAAUACAUAGGUAUGUUUCAUUAUAAACCUUUACAUAUAAACUCAUAGACGUAAGCUUACAUGGAAUCUUAGCAACAUUGAUUUCAGUAAAUGUUAAUGAUAAUA